AUGACAGCUGUCAUGGGUGUCAAGACCCCUACCUCGUCUCUGUCUACUCCAAGGACUCACCCAUCUACUCCAAAGACCCCCUACCUCGUCUCCAUCUACUCCAAAGACCCCUACCUCGUCUCUGUCUACUCCAAGGACUCACCCAUCUACUCCAAAGACCCCCUACCUCGUCUCCAUCUACUCCAAAGACCCCCUACCUCGUCUCCAUCUACUCCAAAGACCCCUACCUCGUCUCUGUCUACUCCAAGGACUCACCCAUCUACUCCAAAGACCCCCUACCUCGUCUCCAUCUACUCCAAAGACCCCCUACCUCGUCUCCAUCUACUCCAAAGACCCUACCUCGUCUCUGUCUACUCCAAGGACUCACCCAUCUACUCCAAAGACCCCCUACCUCGUCUCCAUCUACUCCAAAGACCCCCUACCUCGUCUCCAUCUACUCCAAAGACCCCUACCUCGUCUCUGUCUACUCCAAGGACUCACCCAUCUACUCCAAAAGACCCCCUACCUCGUCUCCAUCUACUCCAAAGACCCCCUACCUCGUCUCCAUCUACUCCAAAGACCCCUACCUCGUCUCUGUCUAUUCCAAGGACUCACCCAUCUACUCCAAAGACCCCCUACCUCGUCUCCGUCUACUCCAAGGACUCACCCAUCUACUCCAAAGAGACCCUCCCACGCCUGCAAGCAACUCGAGAGAGUUUUGAGCGGGAAGCCGUC